CCAGAUGACAACACACGGGAAGUUUCAGCAGCGGAACAACCGGACUCACCUUGUUAAGAACAACCAGCUGGACGGAACCGAACCGAGCUGCCAGAACCGCCUCGGUCCGGAGAUGCCGAAGUGCUGUUCGGUCCCGAACUGCCGGAACGGCUCCGGGAGCAGUAACGAAAGGAGAAGCUUUUAUAAGUUCCCGCUCCAGGACCCGGUCCGGCUGCAGCGGUGGCUCAGGAACAUGGGGCGGGAGAACUGGACCCCGUCUCGACACCAGUACGUCUGCCACGAACAUUUCUCUCCUUCGUGCUUCAAGGUCCGCUGGGGGGUCCGGUACCUGGAGAGCGACGCCGUGCCGACGGUCUUCCAGCUGAGCCCGGUGAGACGAGAACCAAAGCUUCGGGUCAGGAAGUUCUGCUGA